CAAAAACAUUUCACUUUGAAAUUGUACAACAAAAAAAAAAAUACAAAAAUACUAGUGCUAAAAUUUACAACAGAUUUCGCAACACUACACUUUAACACUAUUUGUUUGAUUAUCUAAAUUGGAGCUAUCGGGCGACCACCACACAAUUAAUCGGCUGACCAUUUUGAGUAAACAAAUAAUUGGCCGCAAAACUGGCGCCUCGUACGACAACAAUCUCAGCUAUAACGACAGCAUGUCGCAUCCAAAUACAACGCGUCGCAAGCAUGUGCUUAAGGAGAUGAUGGAGGAUGACUAUUCGCUGCCCACGGAGCGGCAGCAGAUCGUGUGUGUGGUCAGCAGUCGCGGCAACAAUCUGCACGAGGUCGUGCCAGCGGAACUGGCGUCUGAUAACUUUCUGGUAUCCAUGCCCAACAAGUUUCGCAAGAAUGUGUGGGUCAAGCGCGGCGACUACAUACUGGUCGAGCCCAUUGAUGAGGGCGACAAAGUCAAGGCGGAAAUAUGCAAGAUACUAACUCCCGAGCACAUCAAGGAAUACACAAAGGCGGGCAUUUGGCCGCAACGCUUCGCUAAGAAGACAGCGCAGGCGUCGCAAAGUCGAGAUGAUGCUGCCGAGCAUUCUGAUUCCGAUACGGAUGAUUCCCUGCCGCCCAACACAAAUCGACCUGUCAAUGUACAAAAUGAUGAGGACGAGGUUACGGAUACAGAUACCGAGGAGAGCAGCGCUGAAGACUGAGAUUGCAGUGCAUUUGUGAUUGUGCAUUACAAAAGUUUAGCUAUGUAUAUUUUUUAACGAAUUGUUUUUCCUCGCCAAUUGUUUUAACAGAAAAUUGUGUGUGUGUGUUUACUGCAUACAUAAACCCAAAAAAACUACACAA